CGGGGCGCAGCGCCCAUGGCCGCUCCGGAGUCGCUGUCCCCGGCGGGCGGCGCGGGCGAGGAGGCGCCCGAGGAGGACGAGGACGACGCGGAGGCCGAGGACCCCGAGCGGCCGGCGGUCCCGGGCGUGGCGCGCGGCGUCGGCGUCGGUGGCUGCAGCGGAGGCGGCGGUGUCGGGGCCGGGGCCGGGGUCGGGGUCGGGGUGGGCUCCGGGAGCUGCAGCGCGCUGACCCGGCGCGCGGUGACGCUGCGGGUCCUCCUCAAAGACGCGCUGCUGGAGCCCGGCGUGGGGGUCCUGUCCAUCUUCUACCUGGGCAAGAAGUUCAUGGGGGACCUGCAGCCAGAUGGCAGGAUCGUGUGGCAAGAAACAGGGCAGGUGUUCAACUCCCCCAGCGCCUGGGCCACCCAUUGCAAGAAGCUGGUGAACCCGGCCAAGAAGUCAGGCUGCGGCUGGGCCUCCGUCAAGUACAAGGGACAGAAAUUGGACAAGUACAAGGCUGCUUGGCUCCGGCGACAUCAGCUCCACAUGCCGGCAGCUGUCACCGAUGAGAGUCCCGCUAGCGAAGGGGAGGAGGACGACCUUCUGAUGGAGGAGGAGGAAGAAGAGGUCCUGGCAGGGGUCUCAGCAGAAGACAAGAGCCGGAGGGCACCAUUAAAGAUGCCCCCCGAGGCCGCCCACCCUGAGACCACACUCCUUGGGAAACGAGUAGAAAACAAGAUCCAGGUACCAGUGCGCUACUGCAUGUUGGGAAGCCGUGACUCUGCCAGGAACCCCCACACUCUCGUGGAAGUCACAUCCUUCGCGGCCAUCAACAAAUUCCAGCCCUUCAAUGUGGCCAUGUCUAGCAAUGUGCUACUCCUCUUGGAUUUUCACAGCCACCUGACUCGUAGCGAGGUCGUGGGGUACCUAGGAGGCCGCUGGGACAUCAACAGCCAGAUGCUCACUGUGCUAAAAGCUUUCCCCUGUCGGAGCCGGCUGGGGGACGUGGAGACUGCGGCCACCACGGAAGAGGAGAUCUAUCAGAGCCUCCUGCUGCGGGGCCUGUCCCUGGUGGGCUGGUACCACAGUCACCCGCACAGCCCCGCGCUGCCCUCGCUGCAGGACAUCGACACGCAGAUGGAUUACCAGCUGCGACUGCAGGGCUCCAGCAACGGCUUCCAGCCCUGCCUGGCCCUGCUGUGCUCUCCUUACUACUCUGGCAACCCGGGCCCUGAGUCCAAGAUCGCGCCUUUCUGGGUGAUGCCACCUCCCGAGCAAAGGCCCAGUGACUAUGGCAUCCCCAUGGACGUGGAGAUGGCCUAUGUGCAGGACAGCUUCCUGACCAAUGACAUCCUUCACGAGAUGAUGCUGCUGGUGGACUUUUACAAGGGCGCCCCAGACCUCGUGAGAUUCCAAGAACCCUGGAGCCAGGAGCACAGCUACCUCGACAAGCUCAAGAUCUCGCUGGGCAGCAGGAUGUCCAAGGACCCGGGUCUGGGCCACGCGCUGGAGCAGGUGUACAGCGUCCUCAAGCAGGGGUGCUGAGCUGGGGGUCCCCCGUGGCCCAAUAAUAAAGGAGACAAGCCUACAGUCCCCA